AUUGUGAGUGCAAAACGAAGGUGAGUGCAAAUAAGAGGAGUACCGCUUCAAGCUUGCUACACUUUCACCCUUCAAGGAGGAAUUCCAAAAGGUACGUAAUAAGGAUGACUCAUUCCUUAAAUGUUGGUGAACCUAUACAUGCAACACCAAUAUCCUUUUGCAUUCCUACUAACUAUGACAUUGAUCGUGACGAUGGUGUUGAGAACCCCAAAAAUGAGAAUGAAACCCCACCUACGACGACACAAAAUUCAAAGUCAAAAAGAGGAAGACCUUUCAAAUCACCACCUGAAUCGAUUAAAAAUUGGUAUGUUAUACGCAAAGAACGAAAGAUCGGUAAAAGGUUCGAUACGACUUAUAUUCAUAAGGAGACACGCUUUCGGUGUCGGUCUUUGAAGGAGAUUAAGAAUUACGAGAAAUAUGGAAGUCUUCCUCGACGUCACAAAGUUAAAACACAAGACAAAGAAGAAAGCGAUAACAAAACCAAAAAUGAAACAGAAGAAAUGAUUGUUGCUCAGAGAAAAGCAAAAGCAGAAGUUAUGAGAACCUUUGUUGAAGAGUUUCUUUCAGAAGCUCAUCACAAUCAGCUUCACAUGUUCAACCCAUAAUCAA